UGCGGGGCCUUCGCCGCACACAAGCUCGAGUCUGUGGGUCCGUGUCGGGGGCUCACCAUCGCGGCUGGGGUCUUCCCGGCCCUCCCCACCCUCCCUGGUCCUCCUGGCCCCCAUCUGUCCGUCCAUCCGUCUGUCUGUCCACCUGCCGCGCCCCCCGGGCUGAGGUAGGAGGUUGUAUAGUUGAGGAGGACACCCACGGAGAUCACUAUACGGCCUCCUAGCUUUCCCCAGGCUGCGCCCUGCACGGGACGCCCGGCGGGGACCCCAGCCCCGGACCGCUGCCCCAUGCCGGGGGGACCCUGGGUGGAGGAGCUGGGCUGUCUCUCCGUCUCCACUGUGUCUCUGGAGUCUUCUGUGUGUCUGCACAGCGGCCUCUCAGACGCUGUCUUCAUCUCUCUCUUACUGUGUUUUCUGGCAUCCCUCCAUGUCUCAGCUCCUGUCUCUCGGGAUCUCACAGUAUCUCUGUGCCAUCUCCACUCUGACCCCACACCCCCACCCCACGCCAGCGCCUGUCAGGCCACCCCAUACCACACUGCCGGCCUCUGGGUCCCUGAGACCCUUUAACCUGUGAGGACAUCCAGGGUCACAGGUGAGGUUCUUGGGAGCCUGGCGUCCGGACCAACCACAAGCCUGGGGAUUGCCCACCUGACCCCUGACCGCUCACACCCUUUCUCCCGGAAAACCCAGAGCUUGACGUUUGGCCAGCCACAGAAAUCCGACCUCUGACCCUAGACCACGUGCCCCUCCCCCCCACCAUGGUGACCUCACAAAGGUCACCAGUUUCUCCCCGGGCCUAGACCCUCCGCUAUGGCCCUGCUGGCCCAAGACAGCGCUGUCCCGUGUGCCCUGGUGGCCCUCACGGUCUUCAGGGCCCCCACCUGGGCCUGUCUGAUCUGCUUCACAUCCUAUAAGGAACGCACCCGCAUCUGCCAGAUCUUUGCUGGUAUACAGGGCCCCGAGCUGGAGAAGUGUCAGGAGACAUUCAGCAGCGCCUUUGCGGACCUCGCCGACAUUGAAAUCAACUACGAUGAGAGAAGCCAUCUGCAUGACGCCUUCACCCAGAUGACCCACUCUCUCCAGGAGAUAGCUGCCGCUCAGGGCUCCUUUAACAUUGCUUUCCCUGAUGCUGCCGAGAAAAUGCGGAAGGUCAUUAUGAAGCUUAAAGGAGCCCAGGCCUGCGUCCCUCCCUGCGGGUUCCAGGAUGUCGCCCGGCGUUUCCUCUGCUACGGGUGCUACUCCAAGGCCUGCAACUUCCCGCUGGACUGCCCAGUUCAGGACUUGACGGUGACUCGGGGUCAGCAGGCUAAGUUCUCCUGCACUGUGAACUUCCAACUGCCUAAGGAGGAAAUCACCUAUUCCUGGAAGUUCGCAGGAGGAGGUCUCCGGACGCAGGACCAGUCCUACUUCCGAGACAUCCCGCGGGCCCAAGGAUACCUGGCGCGGAUCCGGCCGGUGCAGCCCACGCACAGCGGGACCUUCUCUUGCUCCAUCCUGCACGACCAGCGCCCAGUGGCGCGGCUCUACUUUUUUCUUAACGGUGCGCGCGGGGCUGCGCGAGGGGGCGGGGCUGCGCGGGGCGCCGGGAGCGCGCCCGAUGACGUGCUCGCCCCCGCAGUGACCAGUGCGCCCCCGCGUGAGGAGAUCGAGCUCCAGGUCUCUUUUCGGAAAGUGCUGCGCUGGGCGCCGAAGGAGACGGAGACGUUGGAACCGUGGAGGCCAAGCCUGGGCGAGCUGCUGGCCAGGCCCGAGGCUCUGACGCCGGGCAACCAGUGCCUGCUCGCGGCCCUCGCAGCCGUAGCAUCAGCCAGUGCGACCCUUAUGGUGUGGGUAUUCUUUCGAUGGUACUUCAAGGGCAACUAACAAAGGUAUCUUUUUCUUACUUCCUUGUCCUGUUUUCAUCCCUAAAAUAAAGAAGGUCUUUCCGCUCUCUAGAUUCUUUCCAUCUUUGAAGCUGAUCAGUACUGUCGCAGGUAGCAGGAGAGGCAGCGUACCCCAGAUACGUUCAGGCGGAUAGGCUCCUAAUGACGGGAGUAUGUAGAGUUGUCACAGUGCAAGGGCCUGUGCUGAGGGCUUUAGGUGCAAGCCCAGACCCCUCCCGGGAUUUCUGGCAGCCUGCAGAAGACACCCUCAAAUAGAGUCCUUGAUGUCUCCUUGAAAGCCCGUGCCUCCCUGAGACUUUCCUGCUAAAGGCGCCCCCGUCCACCCAGCUGCUCCCCCAGAAACCUGAGUUUAAUUCCUCCUCCUCUCCGGUUUUCAUGCCUGAGCCUUUUUAACUCCUAAACAUCUUGUGCAGCUGCCCUCUCUCUGUGGUCCCAGUCACCAUCAUCUCUUGCCUGGAUCACUGCAGCAGCAUCCCCACUCGCCCCCCUGCCCCGACUCGGCCUUGCCCCACUGCAGUCCGUCUUCCACAUAGCAGCCAGAGUAAUAUUUUAAUGUAUGUCAGAUCAGGGGCGCCUGGGUGGCUCAGUCCGUUAAGGGUCCAGCGCUGGAUUUUGGCUCAGGUCAUGAUCUCACAGUUCAUGGGAUCGAGCCCUACAUCAGGCCCUGUGCUGACAGCAUGGAGCCUGCUUGGGGUUCUCUCUCCCUCUCUGCUCCUUUCCCCUGUUCAUGCUCUCUCUCAAAAUAAAUAAAGUUAAAAAAAUAAGUGUGUCAGAUCAGGUUACUCCGGCUCAAAAGCCUUCAGUGGCUCCCUAUUGCCAUUGGGACAGAAUCCAAUUCCUUGUCAAGGCCUCCGAGAUCCCCCAGGUUCUGGCCCUUGAUGAUCGGGCAAGCCUUGUCCCACUCUUCCCCUUGAUCUUUCUACCCUGCAGUUCGUUUGGCCUUUGCUUAUUCCUUGCGUUUGUCAUGAUUCUUGUCACUCUCUCCAGGACCUUAUUACAUGGCUAGUUAACCCAGUUAUGGUUUCCUCUGAAAAGCCUUUACAUGUAUUAACCUAUUUAAUCCCCACGACAGCUCUGUGUGCCUGGCACUGUAUUUGCCUGACUCUCUUUUCUUGUCCCCCCUCUUUACUCUCUAUCCCCAUUGGCCAUUUUUUGGUCCUUGAACAUACAAAGCUCGGUCCCAUGUUCAGGCCUUUGCACAUGCUGUUUUUCAUACUUGAAAUGACUUUACUGUGAAGCUACCUCUAUCUCAGUGCACACGUCCCAGCCCAAAUGCCAUCUUCUCUGACUACGCUCCCCCUCCAUGGACAUCCCCCUGUUUUAGCUUGUGCAUAAGCACUCAUUGGGACUUAAUGUCAGCUUGUGUUUUUUAUUUGGGUUUGUGUCCUCGCAUGUGAAAGAAAAGCUCCUUUUAGGCACCUACUCGUUCUUAUUCACUGAUGUAUUCCCCUUUACUCAUUCGUUUAGGGAAUACUUACUGAGUACUUCCUAUGUGCCGGGCAUUUUUAAGAGACUGUCGAGACAGCAAUGAAGAAGUCAGGACAGACAAAAGUCUGCACCCUCAUGGAGUUUAUGUCCUCACGUAUGGUCAGACGAUAAACAAAAUGAAGCAAAAA